AUGAACAAGGAUGUAGAUGAUGUAAAGCCUGCACAACAAAAAGCUUCAAUGGACGAAUUAGUCAAAAUAUUCCAGAACGUACAGAUAGAUGAGCUUCGUUCUCAGGCUUUGCUUGAUUUACUGAAAUAUCGCGAAACGUUUCCAGAUUUCGCAUGCUACAUAUGGUACUCGUUCGGCACGAUGUCGGCGAUAAUCAGCGAAAUCGUUUCCAUCUACCCCGCUCUGGCGAAUAACAACGUUUCUUCGAUUCAGAGCCACCAGAUUUGCGGCUGCCUGACACUUAUGCAGUGCGUAGCGAGCCACCCUCAAACGAAACAUCAUUUUUUUUCGGCUCAACUCCCUUUGUACUUGUACCCGUUCUUGAGCGUUCCGGCAAGCAACAGCACAGCUAUUGAGUUCCUUCGACUUACUGCCAUAGGGGUUCUCGGCGCUAUGGUAAAAGGAGAAGAUAAAGACGUUUUACAGUAUUUACUCCGGAAUGAUAUUUUGCCUCUUUGUUUACGAAUCAUCGAAACGUGCAGCGAACUACCUCGAAACGUUUCUACUUUUAUCAUACAUAAGAUACUGUCUUACGAAGAAGGAUUAAACAAUUUAUGCAGCACACCAGAAUAAUUUUUCGCCAUAACCACAGUGCUCAAAAAAAUCCUAGAAAACGAGAAACAAGACAUUUCUCCAAGGCUGUUUAAACAUAUCUUGCGAUGUUAUUAUAAGUUGGGCCAGCACUCAUCGGCUAGACAGUCUUUAAAAGUGGUGUUACCACAGUGUUUGCUAACCUGUCUCAACACUGGUUUUUAUGAUAAUUUAAUGCAACAAGAUCAAUUAAUUUAUUCAUUAAUACAAAAAAUUUUAGAUUUGACUUUUGAAAACGACUAA